GCAGGCGCCUCAGCGCUGCUCGCAUCGCCAUGUCGCGGGGGGGACGGCCGGCGUUCCUCGCUGCUAUCGCUUCCCUUUGCCUCCUGGCCGGAUCCGCCGAAGGCUUCAAGAAGAGGGGACCCAGCGUGACGGCCAAGGUGUUCUUUGAUGUGAAGAUUGGAGACAAAGACGUUGGCAGAAUUGUAAUUGGAUUGUUUGGAAAAGUUGUCCCAAAGACUGUGGAGAACUUCAUUGUGCUGGCAACUGGAGAAAGAGGAUAUGGAUACAAAGGAAGUAAAUUUCAUCGUGUGAUCAAAGACUUCAUGAUUCAAGGAGGAGACUUUACAGCUGGAGAUGGAUCAGGAGGAAGAAGCAUCUAUGGAGAAAGGUUUCCAGAUGAGAACUUCAAGCUGAAACACUAUGGCAUUGGAUGGGUUAGCAUGGCUAAUUCUGGCCCAGACACCAAUGGAUCCCAGUUCUUCAUAAGUGUGACAAAGCCUUCCUGGUUAGAUGGAAAACAUGUAGUAUUUGGCAAAGUCCUUGAUGGAAUGUCUGUGGUGCACUUGAUUGAACUCCAGCAGACAGAUGAACACGACCAGCCCCUUCAAGACUGUGUGAUUGUGAACAGUGGCAAAAUAGCUGUAAAAGAGCCUUUUGUAGUUGAAGUUGAUGACUGGUAAGACCAACAGUCAGAAUAGAAAGUGAAACUUAAUAACUUCUCUGUAAGGCCUGUUUUUGACUGAUCUCACUAUCCAUUGAGUUUUCACCUUAAAACUGAGGCUGGAUUUCAUAGAAUCAUGGAACAGUUUGGGAUGGAAAGGACCUCAAAGCCCAUCCAGUUGCACCCCCUCUCCCAUGGGCAGGGACACCUCCCACCAGACCAGGCUGCUCAAGGCCCCACCCAAUGUGGCGUUGAACAUCUCCAGGGCUGGGGCAGCCACAGCUUCCCUGGGCAACCUGCCCAAAGACCUCUCCAGCCUCACAGGAAAGUAUUUCUUCGUAAUGUCUUAGAUCUAAGUCUCCCCUCUUUCUGCUUAAAACCAUUGCCCCUUGUCCUAUCCCUGCACUCCCUGAUAUAAGUAUUUACACAAUACUUAUCAUUUUCCAGAUACUUGAAAUGUGACUAUUUCUAUAACAACUUGAUGGAGCUGUCACUCCUUGAAGUUCAAGCAUAUUCAACUAAAUCCUAGAUCUUGCAGAAAAAGUCUUUCAUGAAAAAGUUUAGAAGUACUUCCAUUUUUUCAAGGUUUAAAAUACAUGAGUUUUGUCUCUGGAGGUUUUUCCAAUAUUUGUUUCUACUUUUUCAACUGAAAAUGUUAUUUUCUGUAUAAAUAUCAGCAUUUUUAAAAAUUAAAAAAAAAGCAAAACACAGAAGUGUUUUGAAUAAAUAAAGUGAU